AUGUCGUCCGGAAACUUCCUCCCAGAUUUGUCUCCUCCUGACGUGCAAAAAGCAGCUCAAUUGAUACAACAAGCAUAUUCGAGCGCACAUGCCCAGGUGGACCAACGGCGGAUCCAGCAAGAGCUGGUCGAGAUUCAGAGACAACCUGAGGCAUGGGGGUUGAUUGUACCUUUCAUCGAACAUCCAGACCCAAAUGUACAAUUCUUUGGCACACAUACCGCGCAGGUUAAGAUCAUGCGUGAUUGGGAUUCAUUUCCUGAAGAAAACGCCGAACACCUACGAGACUUGCUGCUCAAGCUCACCUCGCACUCGAUAUUGACUGGAAAGGGCAAAGUAGUACACCGCAAACUAUCACAUCACUUGCACUCCGCAUUGCGCAUUGGGCCGGGUUCACUCUCAAGGUGGCCGGACUGCAUAGUGUUGGCAGUCAAUACUCUCUUUUCCUCUGGCGUGCCUCCAGAACAACUCCUUGCCUUCCUUACCAUAGUCGCUGAAGAGGUCGAAACGGCCGACCUUCUAGGGUCCAGUAAGAUGCAAAUGCAUCAGUUUCUUCUGGACGCUUCUCCGAUGGUCGUUCAAGCUGUAAUAACAUCUAUCAUUCGACCGACUCUUGUAUUGCCUGAACUACAGUCCGCACUCAAAUGCCUUCAAGCAUGGAUAUACACAUUAUUGGCCAAGUAA